AUGGCCACUCACCUAUCCCAGUACGAUUCUUCACAAAAAUCAGAUCAUACACCACCAGCUGCAAACGUCGGCGGUGUGGGUGGUAGUGAAGUUGCUACCUCUUUCUCGUUACCAGAUUUUAGUUCUGACCCGCGCAUGCAUUACGUGCAAGAGACGGAAAAGUGGACAUAUACAGGUGACGAUGGAGUUACUUACGAGUAUGACGAGAUUCAAAAAGCAUGGUUCCCCAUGUACAACGAAAAAUUGAUUGAAGCACAACAGUCUGCGUAUUCGGUGCCCGGUGUUAACGAAGCCGAACCGAUUUUACCAAAACCACGAGCAAAGCGGAAAAAUGUCUAUACUAUGGAUGAUGACGUUCACGUGACUGUGGAAGAACUUGCGGAGGUGUUCUCAAAGUGUGGAGUGUUGAUGGAGGAUUAUGUCAAGGGUGGUCCAAGAAUAAAAAUUUACAAGGAUUCACAAGAUGUCUUAAAAGGAGAUGCACUCGUUACUUACUUAAAGGAAGAGUCAGUAACACUUGCCUGUCAAUUAUUGGAUGAUACUGAAUUCCGUCCGGAUGAGAAGACAAAAAUUAACGUGCAAAUGGCUGAAUUUAAAGAGAAGGAGAUAAAACCAACGGAAGCGAGCCAGCAACAGAAUAGCAAUGCUGCUCAAACCAAUAAGGUCGACAAACGAAAGAUUCAAAAAAAGAUUCAACAACUCGGCAAAAAAUUGGAAUGGUUCGAUGAAGAAACUGGGAAGCGUAGUGAACGCUCUAGUAAAAUGGUUGUAUUGAAACAUAUGUUUACUUUGGAAGAACUUGAGGAGGACCCUGGGUUAUUGUUAGAGUUGAAAGAAGACAUUCGCUCAGAAUGUGAAACUUUGGGGGAAGUCACAAAUGUUGUUCUAUAUGAUCAAGAGCCUGAUGGUAUCGUAGUAAUUAAAUUCAAAGAGAAAAUUAGCGCUGAAGCUUGUAUCCUGAAAAAUGACGGAAGAUUUUUCAGCGGACGUCGUAUCGAAGCAGAAAUAUACGACGGAAAGCAAAAAUUCAAAAAGACCACAUCCCGAGCAAACGAGACUGAAGAGGAGGAAGCAGCUCGUUUAGAGAAAUAUGCUAAAUGGCUAGAAGAUGGAGGCGGAGGUGAAGCAGCCCCAACUGAUGUUAGUAGCGAGAAACCUGUUGUGAAGAAAGAGAGCGUCCCCACUACCACUAUUAUUAAGCCUAAGAGCAUACUGAAAAAGGGUAAAUCAUCGUCUACUGUUUAUGGUGUGACACCUCUGAGAGAUCAAGGUCAUGAAAAUGAAGAUGAUGCUUAA